UAAGCAAAAAUAUCGCACCAGUAAGUUACGCCAAAAUGUCAAAUUGACGAAAUAAAACAAACCAGUCGCCGGAUCGCGAACGUGAUGUGAAAGAGUAGUUUGAGUUACUUCGCGCGCUUUUACAGUUUUAGGAAUUAGGAUUCUAGAUUUCAGUGCUUUGUCUUUACUGGUAAGGUAAUUCUGUAAAUCAAUAAUAUUUUACCGUAGAACUGUAGUAUGGAAAAUCAGCCACCUGUUUCUUUGCAAAUGAUGCCCAUGGAAGUAGCACCAGAAGAAAUCCGCAAACAUGGUACCGGUACGCCUCUCGCACAAAUCAAUCCAAAUUGCCCUAGCAAAUGUACAGAAACGACAUCAGAAGAACAACACGGCGAGUAUGAAUACCUCGACUUAUGCAGAAGGAUAUUGUCUAAGGGUAAAAUAAAGGGAGAUAGAACCGGUACAGGAACAAUAUCUUUGUUUGGUGCUCAAAUGCGUUAUGACUUGAGAGAAAGUUUCCCGUUGUUGACCACCAAACGUGUCUUUUGGAAAGGUGUUCUAGAAGAAUUACUUUGGUUUAUAAGAGGCAGCACCAAUGGAAAUGAAUUAUCUUCUAAAGGAGUUCGAAUAUGGGAUGCCAACGGCUCUCGUGAGUUUCUCGAUAAAUUGGGAUUUCAUGAUCGUGAAGUUGGAGAUCUGGGACCUGUUUAUGGGUUUCAAUGGAGACAUUUUGGCGCUGAAUAUGUUGACAUGAACACUGAUUAUACUGGGAAAGGUGUUGAUCAGCUUUCUCAAGUAAUAGAAACAAUUAAAAAGGAUCCAGACAACAGGAGAAUUAUGAUGUGUGCCUGGAAUGUUACAGACAUACCAAAAAUGGCCUUGCCUCCAUGUCAUGCAAUGUGCCAGUUUUAUGUGUGUGAUGGAGAACUAUCAUGCCAACUUUAUCAGAGAUCAGCAGAUAUGGGGCUUGGUGUGCCUUUCAAUAUCGCUAGCUAUUCCCUUCUUACAUACAUGAUCGCUCAUAUUACAGGCUUAAAACCUGGCGAUUUCGUACACACAAUAGGAGAUGCUCAUGUAUACAGCAAUCAUGUUGAACCUCUCAAUGAACAGUUAAAACGUGUACCUCGACCAUUUCCACUUCUUAAAAUAAAAAGACAAAUAUCAAAUAUUGAUGAUUUCAAAUAUGAAGAUUUUGAGCUGGUAAACUAUAAACCUCAUGGCAAAAUUGCAAUGAAAAUGGCUGUUUGACCAAAACACGAGCUAUUUGGUGCCAGCACGAACAAGAUUAUGAACAUUUAUUUACUAUAAAUAUUUCAGAAACUGCUUACCUAUUAAAUAAUGCAGAUAUCUGAAUAGAUUAUUUGAUAAGUAUAGAAUGGCCAUUCACGAUUUUCAGUUGUACACCAGGGGUUUAUAUUUGUACAAUACAAAAAUGUGUAAUUUAAAUAUGGUUAGAUAAUCUAAAAAUUGACUUAUUAGUCUUGGUUUCCAAAGAAUCUAUACAUAUAAUAUUACAAUCAUGUAACUAAAUCAUGGAAAUGUUAAGAAGUGAAGCUGUAAACCAAUCAUACAUUUAGGAUGCAAAAUGAACACUUCUUCUGUUAUAGAGCUUUGUAGCCCAAACUUGAAAGUGUUUAUUGUACAUUCCAGAUAUACACAUUCCUUGUUGCAUUGCAGGUGGUUGUUUAUGUCAUGUAUAGUUUUUGUUGUUAUUGUGUCUAGUUUAUCAGUUUACAAUUUGUAUAUUUUUCUUUUUU